GAACACAUGAAAGAGGAGCAGCAUGAUUUUACUGGCAAUGCUUCAAGGAUCCAGAUGUUUUCUUCUCCUCUUUACAAUUAUUUUAGUGAAAAGUAUCCAGGCACAACAAGCUUUCCUGACCCAACCCAGGAAUGUCACAGUGCAGGCUGGCGCUAAGGCUCAGCUGAACUGUCACGUACUGAGGGCAACAGGACUAGUCCAGUGGGUGAAGGAUGGUCUACUACUGGGGCCCCAGAGAAACUUGCCAGGCUUUCCACGGUAUAGCAUCUUUGGAGAUGAGAGGAGAGGGGAAUACCAUUUGCUGAUUGAGGAUGUGGCCUUGGAGGAUGAUGCCCCUUAUGAAUGCCAAGUUGGACAGUCAGAGAGCAGUCCAGCAAUCAUCUCACAAACUGUAUGGCUAAAUGUACAGGUUCCUCCCUUAAAGCUACAAAUCGAACUGGAGUCAUCUGAGACAUGGGUUGCAGGUAAAGAGUACUCAGUGAAGUGCAUGGCUACUGAUGCUAAACCUGCAGCAGAAAUUACUCUGUUCAAAGAUGGAAUACAACUUACAGACCUUGACAUAGACACCAUGCCUGGCUCAGAGGAUAAGCUCAUGAACACUGAAGCAGAAGUGAGUCGUGGGUGCGAGGAUUGCCGCUCGCUGACCGCGAAGGCGCUGCGAAGGCGCCUUAAGGUGGCUGCCUCAACCGGCUCCGACCCGAACCUCAUGGAGGCGUCGGCCGUGGAAGCUUCCCAGCAACCGCAGGCCAAGGCGUCAUGGGCUGAAUCGUUGAACGAGGACGACCCCCUCUCCCCCGACGUCACCCUUCGGGAGCUGUUUCCCAGCAUAUGUGCCGGUGAGGUGACAAAGGAAGGUGACGAAGAGGGCAAUGAUGAUAGCGUCUCCGAGCUACUCACCGCCUCAGCCCUUCUGGGAGGCUCAAAUGAGGAGGACAACGUCCUCCCACGCUUAGCGAACUCUGGGUCCGCGGUGGUGACACCAAAGAAAGCCACACUCCCCUCAUGGCUCAAAGUCCUCAAGGACCAGAGGAUGACCCCCUUCUCCACGAAUGUUUCGGCCAGAUCUUUCCACGGGAAUGAUGUGGAGCGAAUGGAGGACGGAUUAUACAACCCGCCUGCGUCAGUGGCGUACCACCUCAACCCAAAGCAGCGGGGCGUUCUGACCAUAUCGAAGCCCAACCUCCCUGGGAAAAUGGAGCGGUUCACUAUCCAUCAGAAUUCCUAUCGGGCUGCAGCCCAGGGUGCGAGGGCACUCAAUGAACUGGGGUCGCGGCUCAUGAAGGGUGAUGCUACGCCUGAGCUCUUCGAGGAGAUUGUGGUGGUCAACGACCUCAUCUUGCGCUCGGUGCGCGGAGGUGUUCAGGGCUGUGGUCGUGUCAUGGCACUGUCAGUCACUGGAGAAAGGGGUUUAUGGCUGAACCUCUCCAGCCUGUCCGAGAAAGACAAGGCGGAGCUCAUGGACGCCACAGUGGACCCCAAAGGCCUCUUUGGCGAAGCAGUGGGUCAAAUGCAGAAACGGUCGGAGGAUAAAAAGGAGAGAGAAGCCUUCAACCUGCCGCGCAAGUUUGUACCGCAGCCUCGUCAGGUGAAUCGCAUCCCAGUGGCUCAGACUAAUAGGCCGGCCGCUAUGGGCUUCCGCGGGCCGAAACCUCAGCCUGGGCAGCAGGAGGCACCGCGCCCUGGCCCCAGUCAUGCAGGAGCGAAGCCUUGGGGCAAGCAAUCCUUUGCAGCAGCGGCGGCUGCUACAGCGAAGAAACCCCCGGCCGCCGAAGGGAAACGCAAACGACAAGUCAAGGCAGAAGGUGCAGAUCAUGGAGGACAGUUGGUCUGCCAGGCAAUGAAUUCUGCACUAACUGCUGCCAUAAUUGAUACGAAGUUGAUGACAAUCUACUUCCCUCCCCAGGCUCCUGUUAUAGAAGGCCUGGAGAGUACUACCGUCAAAGCUGGGACUACACUAAAACUAGUUUGCCUGUCACAUGGAGGAAACCCACUGGCUUCCCUUCAAUGGACAAAGAAUGGGAAACUUUUGUCAAGUAGCUGGGAAGAGGAUGUUGUUCAAAGAAGAUCCAGGAGCCUGUUAAUCUUGAUGGUGACUGCAGAGGAUAAUCAAGCCAUUCUGCAGUGUGAAAGUAUCAACCAGGUGUCUCUAGCUCCACUCUACAUCAGCCAUAUUCUAACUGUGUACUUUGAGCCUGCCAAGGUGAAUUUAUUGGGAACUUUUGAAGCAAUUGAGGGGAAAACAGUGACAUUAUGUUGCCAUGCAAGUUCCAGUAACCCUCCAGUCCAGAUACGUUGGUGGUUAGGCUUUAAGGAACUUAACACAACAGUUAGAUCUAUGUCAGAGGGUGAAAAUGGGGGGAUGAUGACCAUGUCCAACCUUACAUAUACUGUCUCUCGUGAAGAGAAUGGUCUUCCGCUCUCAUGUGAGGCAUUCAACAAAGGCACCCACUUCUCCAGCAGCACAUCUAAGCCACUUAAUGUGUUAUAUCCACCACAAAAGGUGUGGCUAGAUGCUCCCCCAGAGGAUGUAACACUCCAAUCAGGACAUCCAUUGCGUCUGUUGUGUUUUUCAAGUGGAGGGAAUCCUAGAGGACAGCUCACAUGGUUUAAAAAUGGUGAAGCCAAACAGGAUACCUCUAAUCAAGUCUCCUUAGAAAGAGGUGUUGCCCGAGAGCUCAGAUUCAUCCUACAGCCCAGUGACAACUUGGCCACAUUCCGCUGUGAUGCUACCAACAAGGCUAAGAAAGUACUUUCUGUCAAGACCAGGCUUAAAGUACAGUUUGCAGCAAUCAAAGUAGAAAUCAAAGUAGUGGUGCAGGAAAAAACACCGCAAGUUCUACGCAGAGGUGAAACUGUGAGUCUGAUCUGCUUGUGUGGCAGCAGCAACCCAAAAGCUAAUAUUACCUGGACUGUAGGCUCUAACAGGCUAAGUGGGGUGGAAACAGAUAGCAAAGAAGCAGAGUAUGGUGGUGUGUCCUUUAGAAGUACUCUGUCCUUCUCUCUCACCUCUCAGCACCACCAGCAGAGGGUCACCUGCAAUGCUUUCAGCAAACUGCUCUCUGGGGGAGUCAGCUCUUCCUAUACACUCAAUGUGCUUUUUCCCCCUGAGUUCAGCUCUGACCAGCCCAAAGAGGUGAAGGCUGUAGAAAAUGAUGAAGUCAAUCUUCCUCUGAUGGUGUCUGCCAAUCCAAAAGAAAUAACAUGUGACUGGAUCUAUCAUGGAAGAAAGCUAGAUAAAGAGACUGACUUUCGAUACAGCUGGGAUGAUGAUUUUGUGCUUAAGAUCAAAAAUGUGACAAGACAUGAUGCAGGAGUGUAUGCCAUUGAAUGUUCAAAUGACGAGGGGCAGAACCAUACUCAAAUCUACCUACAUAUUUCCUAUGCACCAAGGAUCAGAAUGAAAUCAAAUAUUGUGUAUGUGGACAUUGGUGGAACCAUAGAUCUGCUUUGUGAAGUAGAAGCCAAUCCUGUAUCCGCCGGAAUGUUCUCCUGGAGUUGGCUUGGAGAUGGAGAGAUAGACCUAGAAUCUCAGCAUGAAGAUGGUACAACUGGAUGGCUGACCCUAUUUGAGGUUACUCGUGCCCACACUGGAACUUACCAGUGCAGUGUCGACAAUGGAAUCAGUCCUCCUGCAGUAGCAGAAGUCAAACUCAUUGUUUAUUUUAAACCACACUUGAAGAAGGGGCCUCAGUGGAAUAAGGUUGCAAGUCGUGGUGAUGGUGUCAGCACAGUGGAUAUAGCAUGUCAAGCAGAAGGCAUACCCAAGGUUCAUUUCAACUGGGCCAAGAAUGGAAUGAUCAUGGAUUUCAGCAAUCCCAGGUAUAUGGAGCAUACUGUUCGAGUGGGAGCAGUACAUACAAGCACACUUAGCAUUGAGAAUGUGAGCGCAACAGAAGACUAUGCUCUCUUCACCUGCACCGCCUCUAACAACUUGGGGGAGGACAGUUUGGACAUUCAACUACUCAGCACCAAUCACCCUGAGCCCCCAUCUAACUUGAGACUGCUGCAUGUCAGCAAUAACUCUGUGACACUGGAGUGGAAGCCAGGGUUUGAUGGCGGCUUGACACAGAAAUUUCGUAUCAGGUAUCACUGGAAAGGCUUCUCUAGCUAUCACUAUGUGGAUGUUUUCCCACCCAAAGCAACAGUCUACACAGUCACUGGCCUUUUGCCAGCAACCACUUAUAAUUUUUCUGUGAAUGCUGUCAAUAACAUGGGAGAGAGUAACUACGCUGAUGGCAAUACUGUUCUCACUGUUACUACAAGAGGUCAGUAUGAGAGAGACUCUCUGCUCUACACUGGCAUCUUGUCUGAAUGCAGCAUGUCCUCUUUCCUCAAGACCCACUCGUUCUAA